ACGUCACUUCCUGUCAGCUGUCGCUUCCGGAUGCGGUGAAACAGCAGAGAAGGAGGAAAACACCGUACGUACAUGGAUUAAUUUAAAUGUCAAGACAGCAUCCGUAAAGUCAGUGGAGACACCUUCCCAGGACAGAAUGGAUUCAAGGAGACAAACACCCAGCGUCGAGGACUGAGCUUUCACCGCGUUUUAAGUCGGGAGUUCCUUGAAUGUGCGCUUGUUUUUACUGAGCAGCCGUAUUUAUGUCUUCUAGCUAGCUUAAGCCAGGGUAGCAUUAGCUGGGACACGCAGACAAAUAGCUGCUCUCUCUUGUAAAACAUGACUCCUUUGUCCCACUCUUCUUGAUAUAUCGGUCACUUGUGCUGGAAGGAAUCGCUCUUUGCAGGUAUUAUUAAAACUGGAGAGCUUUCACAGUUUGUUUUGGCCACUUUGAGGUCGUGCAUACAUUGCUUGUUCUGUACUGUCAUCACAAGUAGUUAAACUGAAGAAACCUCUAUAUAUUUUUUACCCUGAGGUAACCAGGGUGCAUUGUAUCUGAAGUCACCCGUCAGUCUUUCAACUAGUGGGCGGAAUGGAUGUGAUCUGGACUGCUAUCAUGGCGCUGAAAACUCAGCAGACACUUUGUAAAUAACGCUUCCUUGUCAGUCUGUGGGCUCCUAUACUUCUCCUCCUCUUGCUGACAGAGCGCUUUACGCACAGUGUCUUGAAGUGGAGGAAGUCCUCCUCGUUUUAUUUUUGUCUCUUUGUAUUCAUCUUCUCUUUGACGUCGAUAAGAUCAUCGCUCAACAGUGAUCCUCUUGUCAUCCUCCUGCACAGUGAAGGAUGAAUGGCCUGUCUCUCAGCGAGCUCUGCUGCCUCUUCUGCUGCCCGCCUUGCCCCAGUCGCAUCGCAGCCAAGCUUGCCUUCCUGCCCCCUGAGCCCACGUACACCUUUCUACCAGACCCAGACACAGGUCCCGCUGCACAAGGGGCAACUGGGACAUCCAGCCUGAGGGCACGGAGUGGUGCAUCGGUCUCUGGAAGUGGUGGCGCCGGGGCUGUGGAGGGAAGAUGGAAGCUCCACCUGACAGAGCGAGCCGAGUUCCAGUACACACAGAGAGAGCUAGACACGACGGAGGUGUUCCUCACUCGGUCCAGCCGAGGGAACAGAGUCGGGUGCAUGUACAUUCGCUGUGUUCCCAAUGCCAGGUUUACAGUGCUCUUCUCCCACGGUAACGCUGUGGACCUGGGCCAGAUGAGCAGUUUCUAUAUUGGCCUUGGCACUCGCAUCAACUGCAACAUCUUUUCCUAUGACUAUUCAGGCUACGGUGUCAGCACCGGCAAGCCUACUGAGAAGAACCUCUACGCAGACAUAGAUGCUGCUUGGCAUGCUCUGCGCACACGGUAUGGCAUUAGCCCAGAGAAUAUUAUCCUGUAUGGACAAAGCAUCGGCACAGUUCCCACUGUGGACCUCGCCUCCCGGUAUGAGUGUGCUGCUGUGGUCCUUCACUCACCUCUAACAUCUGGCAUGAGAGUGGCCUUUCCCGACACCAAGAAAACAUAUUGCUUCGACGCCUUCCCCAAUAUCGAGAAAGUGUCCAAAAUCACGUCCCCGGUGCUCAUCAUCCACGGGACGGAGGACGAGGUGAUUGACUUCUCCCACGGACUGGCUCUGUUCGAGCGCUGCCCCAAGGCUGUGGAGCCUCUGUGGGUGGAGGGAGCGGGACACAACGACAUUGAAUUGUACAGCCAGUAUCUGGAGCGUCUGCGCCGCUUUAUAGGACAGGAGCUGGCAGCACAGCAUGCCUGAACACUACCGCCAGGAUCACCAUCAACAAGUUUAUCAUUUGCAUUUCUCUCUGCCCUUUUUAAAGCUUCGUCAAGAUCGGAGGAGAGUCCAUCAGGAUGACAGAUGAGGCUUCUUCAUUUUAUGGGGCACUUUAACCCGACAGUGGACCAUGUAUUCACACAAAAUGGAGACAAGAUGUGUGUUUAUUUACAUCCAAAGUGUGUGAGUGUGGAAAACUGCAUCCAGACUCUAGUUUUCUUUAGCAGUCACUUUAACAAAACAGCUGCCAUAUGUCAAACACAUGGCAGGAGAUAAAUUCCUUUUCUGUGCAAUAAUAUGGACCACAGGAACAAGACUUGACAUGAUGAUGAGGAGUUUUAAAAGAACAACAAGCUGUUGAGUAAUCGCGUUGGUCAGUUGCAUUGUGGUCCACAUGGAGGAUGUUGUCAUUUUUCCAGCCUGUUCAUAACGUGUGUGAACUUUCUUCUGAUCUUAACCCAAGUUAAAUGAUGUUGAAGCAUGGGAGGCACUUUAAAAAGACUCUCUGAAGUGCUUCUGACGGGUUGGAGAAUGUUUGGAUUCUAGUCCAAAAACAGCAGACUGUUUGCCACUGAGCUCUCUACAUGAUUUUAUGAGUAACACCUUCAAACUAAUGCAAUCCAAUCCCAAGUCCCCUGCAUUAGCUGCUAACGCUUUAUGUUUGAAUAAUGUAGUUAUUAUUAUUAUAAGCUUAUUUUUGCAUUGGACUGCAUUAUACUUAAAGCUAUUUCUUAUACCCUAUCCCUUAAUUACUCACAAACAAACAUAGAGAUACAAUUUCUUUCUGUACUCAACAUUUCGCUCAGGUAAGCCUUUAUUCUUCGUUAGGGUCCGUGUGUCCCGAGUUUGUCUUUGAUUUUAUUUUUGUUUUAUACCUACUCAGCUUAAUCCCAUCUGAUCCUUUGAGCAAAGAUUGAAUAUGUUCAUUCAGCGCUUGUGUUUUUAUUUCCUUCAUUUUAUCCAAGUGACUGAUCCCAAAACGGAGGUACAGACCAAACUGGGUUUUGCUGCGGCUGCUCCAGCCUUUAUUUUUUUCUUUCCUGUUCCACUUGAGUUUCCCUAUAAAAACCUUCCAGUCCUCACUUCACCAAGUCUGUAAUGAAGCAGGUCUGAAGCAAGUCCAAGAGCAACAAAAGAGAGAAAACUUCAUUAAGUUGAAUGUCUGAGAGUCUUUUACUCCUGUCUGCUUUGUUUUAGUCUCGCUCGAGUUGUUUAUGUCUAAUACCAGUGGGUCUCAGCUGUGAGCGAGGUUCCCGUUUCCCCCCUCGGUGUCUUGAACAGAGAAGCAGUACUAUAAUUAAACAGGCCUUUUCUCAUUCAGCCUGUUUCUAAUCCAUGAAUACUCUCUGAUUGUCGUCUUCUUUGCUCUCCAUCUUGAGGGGCAAUUUGAUCGACUCUAGUAGUGAAUGGAAACUUCUCAUUGGCACCGUGCGGUUUAUGAUUGUGAACAGAAAAACUCACAGAUAUUUGAUGUUCAAUGAUUGUCAAGCAGCGCAUUCUGAUAAUGUGGAAAUCAUCCUCACAUUUCAACAGAUAAGCACACGAGCAGACUUUUUAAUCACAGUACAAUGACGCUCUGAUUCUUAGUUUGUUUUUACAUUUUAAACAGAAAUAGAGGAAACCAAGAAGCUCAGCAUCACAAGUUAUAACUCUAUACAAUGUUGAUUUAUUAAUUGUAAAAUAUGGUGAGUAUUCUGUGCUACAAGUUAAAAUAAAACAGCAAACAGGCUUUUUUUAAGUCCUUUUUUUUCCUCACUGGUUUACAGUCCGUACAAGAACUGCCGAUAACAUCACUCUGUAUAUUUGUGUCCCACAUAAUAGUCGAGGAUUUUGGCACAACUCUUUUGAUAACACUAUUGAUUUUACUACACAGGAUUAUGUAAGAGUGGUACAGUACUUUUUCCAGCUGCUGGUGUGAAUUUUAACAUUUAAAACUGUCCUUUAUUGCACUUUUAUUGUGCUCAUUAAAGGAGGAAAAGCCCCUCGCAUGCAGUAAAUAAUCCUUUUCUAGUCGCAUCUUUAAGAACAGUGUACAAAAACAGCUACAACUUCACACCGGCUGGCUGCCCUCUUCAAGUUGGGUUUACUCAUGAGGGAACCCUUCCUCCUUCUUGCUUAUUUUAGAUCUAUGAGGAUAAAAUCAAGUGUUUCAGCUUACUGAGUUGUUGCACGUUCAACCAUUGACAUUAAUUAUUGCACCUUUAAACUCUUAAGGAAAUCUGAGAAGAUGGUUGUCUUUUUUCUUUUAAGGGAAGUCAGGUUUUCUUGUGUAUUUAUCAACCAAAGUGUAACUAUUCUGUCUUUUCUAGAGCUUCACCCAGUGUACCUGCUGUUUCUCUUGGUGUCAUCAUAACCAAAGCUACAAAAUAAUCAUAUUUGAGUUCACUUUUUAUUUAUCUAUCUGAUCUUUUCUGUUGUUCAUUUGCAUAAAGCUGAAUUGUACUUUUUUUUUUUUUUUCAGAUUCCUUUUAAAUUCUGUUUUAUCAUAUCAUGUUUGGUUUUGAAUGUGCAGCGGCAGAGUUUGAACAACAUUGAUAACCAAGUUAUGUGUGUGUGUUUGUGUGUGUGUGUGUUUUCUUUUAAGCUGUUAGGACUGAUCAUCUUUGGAGGAGUACAACUAAGCAAUACAGCAGAGAGUUGCCGUUGAGAAAAAAAAAGUGUGGGAUGAUGAAAGAAUAGCAGAGGAGCUUCAAGCACACAAAUGAAAAGCUGUUAAUGUUGUGUCUUCUAUUCAAAUGUUUGAAGUUCUGCUGUAACACAUCCGUGGGUCUCGUUUUGUCACCACACGUUGUUAUCCACUUUUUAUCAUACUGACUCAUUUCUAGUUUUUAAAGAUUUUGUCUUCUUUUCCAAGAUUUAAAGAGAAUAGGAGGUUAAUAAAACAUAAUCAGAAAACGGA